UGUACAACUUUCAGUCUUCAUUUGAAACUACAACAGUAUGGGUUUCGUUAAAGUCUUCUUAAUCCUCGGCCUGGCAACAUCAGCCUUCUGUUUUGAGGUAACAGACGAUAUCAUCGAGAGACUAGCUCGUCUUGAAGCUACGGAAAGAGAACACAAGCAAGAAAUUGCAGCGUUAAAGGGACAGAUGGCAGCAAUGGAAGGCAAUUUUCUUAAAAGAGAAAAUGAGAUGCUGCUGAAGAUGAACGAAAUAAGGGGCAAGUGCGAAGAAUAUGGUGAAGAAACAGAAUCUGAGCAUUAUCCUGACAACAAACCAUUGAAAUUGAGGUCAUUUACAGGAGUCCGUGACGUGGUUGAAAAAGAGGUUGCCUUCUAUGCAAGACUCUCAGAAAAUAUCGUUACAAAUUUGGGCCGUAAUCAAAUCAUCGCCUUCAACCAGACCGUGACAAAUAUUGGCAAUGCGUACAACGGCGUGUUCACGGCUCCCGUUGAUGGAACAUAUGUUUUCCACGUUACAUUAAUGGGGUUACUUCUUAAUGCUACAGACACCCACUACUCUGCCUUCAUUGACGUCGAUGGCGUAGCUUAUUCGAUGUUCUGGAUACCCAAAUAUGCACAGUUAUCGCGUAUGCUUAUAAUUGAACUGAAAUCCGGCAAUGUUGUGUCAGUAAAGAAUGACCGUAUUGACGAUGGUGUCGCCGGUCACCACUAUUCGUCAUUCUCCGGAUUCUUACUUUACCCGCAUAAUCACGAACCAGCCAUCAUCGGGAAAUAGAGAAGUUUCAUAGAAUGUAUAUUUCUUUUAUUAUUUGUAAACGAAGCAAAGUUUAUAUAAAAACAUGAAUAUGAAUUGAUGCUAUGUUUCACAAGUAAACAAAAUUGUUAACUUGCAUUCACAUAAUCCUACAGUUAGAAUAAGCUGAUAUAACUGCAAAUCGGCUCUUCCAAGUCUUGAAUGCAAGUAUCAUAUUCUCUUGUAUUGGAUAAUGUAGACACCCUACUUGAAUGAGUUUUAAAGAGAAAUUAUGUGACAUCCAAGAAGAUAAUUCCUUGCAAGAAAGUUAGAACACGUCCUAUUUUUCUACAAGUUUUUUGCUGUCAAGACACUGAUAACACCGGUUUGACACAAAACAUGUGCCCCGAAGGUGUGAUAGUGUUGUUUUUUUUAUAUUAUUUUCUGACUUUUUUGUUACUGAUUCAGUGUUCAUGAUCAGAAGAACAGAUCAACACACUGAUGACUGAUACACAGAAGAGCAAAAA